AUGAACCAGUGUAAUUAUCUGAAGAGAGUUCUUGAUAAAUUUCAAAUGUCAGGCUGUAAGCCAAAAUCUGUACCAUGUGAUCCAAGUGUAAAUAAUGAAGUGUUUCUUGAUUCUGAAAAGUUAGUGGAUGCUAAGCUUUAUAGAGAAAUUGUUGGUAGUCUUAUUUACAUUAUGAUGGUAACAAGACCUGAUAUUUGUUUUGUUGUGACUAAGUUAUCACAAUAUAUGUCUAACCCUUCCAAAGCAGAUUUUAGUCUAGCAAAAUAUGUCCUGAGAUAUUUAAAGGGUACUUUGCAUUAUGAUUUGAAGUUUUCUAAGUCUGAUGAUGAAUUAAAAGAGAGUGGUUUUUGUGAUUCUGACUGGGGUUCUUCAAGUGAUAGAAGAAGUAUCACAGGUUACUGUUUUCAGUUAUAUUCUAAAGGUUCCCUUAUUUCAUGGAAAUCUAAGAAACAAAUAAUUGUAGCACGGUCAUCUUGUGAAGCAGAGUAUGUAUCUUUAACUUGUGCUAUCCAGGAAGCUUAG